UUUAUAUCGUGUUUUAGGCUUCCUGCUGGUGAGUUAAUCUCUCUUGCCUGCGUGCUCCAGUACAUGGAAGAAAAUUAUUUUGAUCAUAUGAUAUCUUAUCACCUUUACAAGCUACGUGGCUAAGAAGGGCUAGGAGAGUUAACAUGUUAUUGAGAGCAUUAUCCAUGUGGCUCUUGAAGACUGACAGACUUGGGGUGUCAAACAGCUCUCCAGUGUUUGUUCCUCCUCAUGCUGAAGAAAUGCUUCCUAAAGUUAAGUCUGAAUGUCCACUGGUGCAGUUUUGUGCCGUUCCUGUGUGUCCUGUCAUUGGUUAUCAUCAAGAAGAAGUUGAAACUUUCCCUCCACUUACACAACGGCACAACUUCAGUCAAUUAAACUCCUAUUUAGUGCUUAGGGCAGAAUUUGGUUUCCAGUCUUAGUGCAGUCUUGAACAGUCUGUCCCUGGGAAGGGAGAGGGGCUGCUGGUUGUUGAUGCCAGUAACACAGCACACCAUUUCUGGUCUUAGUUCUGAGUGUAGCAUGUGAAGAAGGCCCAUUGAAAGUCUCUUGGGUGGAUUCCAAGUUCUAGAGAGAUCUCCCUGGAGCCACGUGUUGUGUAUUAAUUAUGGAGAGAGACGUGGUUCCAGAGUCUCCUUCCGGUUAAUAGAUUAUUUGAACUUCAUCACAAGAUGAAGGACCAUCCUUUUCUGCAGACAUUUGCAUAAUAUUUCGGAACAAAGUACCAAAAAUUUAAGAACAUGGAAACUAAGAAAUCAAUUUCAGGUGUAUGUGCAUUCCUAUUGGAUUCAUUCCUAAAUGCAACUCUGUGUAAAACCAAUGUGACAGAAGUGACUUUUCCAGAAACACAGUAAGGAACCUCCAGAGAAAAUAGGUGUACCUGAUCCACGUAGCACUGUUCUGUUUGCUGAAAGCUGCUAGGAAGUGGGGCUGAGUCCUGGUAUAGGCUCAUAGGAUUAGAGUCCCUAGUUGAAGCUAUGCAAAGCCUUUCACUUACCAGAUUGGUCUAAAAGCUUUGGAAAAUCCACUGAGUGAAGUCAGUGGUCUGUUGCUGGUACUACAACUGCAUAGUGCAUUGAGAAUGGCUAGAUGUGUGGCUGCUUUCUGGGUUUGGAUGGGAACUCUUCCCCCUAUGUUCUGUUGAAGUUUAAAUACUGCAUGUAGUCUGGAAUUUGAUGUUAGACUGGCGAAGGAUCUAACUUCAGAACGUUUUCCUGGAAAGUCUCAACCUUUCUUAAGUGAUUUGCAGAAAGAAAAGUAAUGAGUAUUUUUUUUCUCAUUGGGUUCAGUAUUAAUCUACAGCUUCCUGAAAUGAUGUCAGUGCUCGGGAAGGUUUUGGUUGUUCACCUCCCUUCUCCUAUUUGGAGAGGAGCUCCCCUAAUUCACUUUGACAUUACCUAGCUAGGAUGGAUUCCAAUUAAAUCUGCCAAUUUUGGGUUAUGCAGCUCUCCCACCGCUGCUGAAAAGCAGCAGGAAAUGCAGAAGGCCAAAGAGGAGCACAGAAAGCACAUUCUAUUUUUAGGGCAAGAUUGGCUUAUCUUGUAUUUAUCCCAGCUAGGCAGAUAGUAUUUCCAGCACCCUCACAUGAGUGAAGGCUGUAAAAGGACUGAGUUAAAAUUAACUGCCCGGCCGUCAACAGACAUGGGGUCUGCACAGGAACCAGAAGAGUUGGAUUCUCAGGCAGAAACGGUUGCAGAUACGGUGCUUGAGGUCGGAGAGAGACUUUUUCAGGUCAGCCGUAGGGCAUUGUCGUUACACAGCCGUUACUUCGAAGCGAUGUUUUUUGGGGGCACAAGGGAGAGCUCUGAGCACCACAUAGUGAUCAGAGGGAUUGAUGCAGCGCCUUUCCAGGCACUUCUUGAGUUCACUCACACAGCCCAAGUGCUCAUAGGUCAAGAAAAUGUGACCAGCUUGCUGGAAACAGCUGAUUUUUUUCAGUUUGAUAGGGUGAAGCUGUUGUGCGAGAAAUUUCUGGAGAGAGAGCUGCAUGUUUCCAACUGCCUGGGCCUCAUGACCUACUCACAGCGUUUUGCCUUUACAGAGCUGCAUGCAUCUGCCAUGAAUGUGGCUCUCACCCACUGGGCGGAUGUGAUGUCUCAGGAAGAAUUUAAGGCACUACCCAAAGAAACGCUGAUGCAGUUCCUCAAAAGCGACGACCUCUUUGUUCCUCGAGAAGAUGUGGUAUUUGACAGCAUCAUGAUGUGGAUAAUGGAGGACCCAGCAACAAGAGAGAAAGACUUUUUGGAUUUGGUGGCCGAAGUCAGGGUCGCUUUUGUGAGUUUGUCCUUCCUCGAUAUCUUGGUGAAGCGCAGCAAGCGCCCUGGGCAGGCAGAUACCUUCUCCAGACUGAUCCGUAAGUUAGACAGCUGUCCUCCACCCAGCUGGCAAAACGUGAAACUGUGUCCUUACACCAGCCGGAGCUAUGACACCUUGUACGUCCUGGGAGGAAAGCGUGACAAGGAACAGCAAGAAUUAUUUCUGUUUCAACCUAAAACGGGGACCUGGCAGGCUUGUUCUCCAUUGCAGCGCAGAAACCUCACCCAAUACGCAGUGGCAGCAGUAGGAAGCUUCCUUUUCGUGACAGGAGGAUAUUUCCGAGAUGAGUUUGUGUGGUAUAGCGUGGAUUGGGUGCUGAUCUACAACUGUCUGACCAAUAGCUGGCUGGAAGGCCCGGCCAUGAAGAAGUCUCGCAACAGCCAUUGUGCAGUAGGAGUAGGACUCUACCUGUAUGUGCUUGGAGGGAGCACGGAUGAAGGGAUCACCGCAGCAGUGGAGCGCAUGGCGUUGGUGGACUCCGAGUGGGAAAGCAUGAGUCCUAUGGUUCAGCCUGUGGAACGGGGAGAUGCGGUCAGCGUGGGAACCAGGAUCUACGUGGUCUGUGGCCUGGAUGAAAAUGGACAUGUGUAUGAUGGAGUGCAAAGAUUGAACACAGAGACGGACAGCUGGGAUGUCAUCUCAUUUUCUCCACUUCCAAGGUACGAUCUCUGUAUCACGUCACUGAAUGGUGCUCUGUACACCAUAGGAGGGGAAGCUUUCCGACUUGACUUGGAGACAGAUGAGUGGACUCAUGUGAAUGAAGAAUGCUUGACCCAGAAAUUCUUCAUGGGAUGUAGCACUGUGAAUGGACAAAUUUAUCUGCUUGGGCAGAGAAAGGGUAACAGUGCCCUCCCCAUUGUGGUCCUCUUUGAUCCCUAUGUUGAUGUGUGCCAGAUCAUAGACAACAAGCUCCCUUGCCCCCUUCCUAUUCAUGGCUGUGUCUCUGUUCGAAGGUUCGAUACCUAUGCUGAGUGAUGUCAGAUCCGGGAUAACCAGGAAGGAACAGUCAUGUGCUUUACAGACAAUGGGAACUGGCUUGUAUCAAGUUUGGUUUUUGAAACAUGUUAAAUUUUGAAAAUAGAUCUCUUUCCUUCCCA